AUGCUGGGCUCGCUCCUGGGAUUGUCCCUGAAUGCAUCAAUCCGGGGCUGUUUAUUUCUGUACCCUAAGACUUGGGGUUGCGUGGAAUCUGCUACAACCGAUUCACAAACUCAUCACAAACAUAGCCUUUUUGGAGAGGUCCUCGAGAGACUAAGUCCCGAGGAAGACAAGCGCAUUCGGCGUAAACUCGACCGUUGUCUGUUACCAGUAAUGGCCCUGUCCUAUGCGUUCCAAUAUCUCGAUAAAUCGGCACUUGCAUCGACUGCUAUCCUGGGUCUGCGUGAGGACUUGAAGCUCACAGGGGACGAAUACUCUUGGGCCAGUGGUCGGCAAGUCUAUCACGGCAUCCAUGUGAGCUGCACCCUCGACCGACGAUACCAAUCACGUUGUCGAUCGCCUUCUCGCUCUCUGGAUACUAACGCUGCGGCCGUCUUUAGCCUCAUGUGGGGUGCCAUACUCAUGCUCACUGCUGCUUGCCACAAUGCUAGCGGACUUCUUGCCGUUCGCUUCUUCCUUGGGAUUGCCGAAUCGUUGAUAGCCCCGGGUCUGACCAUUAUGAUCUCCAUGUUCUACAAACGUUCAGAGCAGCCUCUGCGUCAUGCUGCUUGGUUCUUGGGAAACACCAUUGCCGGAGCGCUCAGUGGUCUCUUGAACUACAGUAUUGGCCAUAUUACAUCAAUUACUCCCUGGAAAGCAACCUUUCUUAUUCUUGGCGGAGUCACAAUAGCAUGGGCAUGCCUUAGUCUCUUCCUACUCCCGGAUACCCCUGACAGCGCCUGGUUCUUGUCCAAAGAGGAUCGAGAGAAGGCCAUCAUCAGGGUUCAGGACAAUCUUACUGGUAUCAAGAAUAAUGAGUUCAUAUGGGAACAUUGCAGAGAAGCCUUCAUUGAUCCCAAAACCUGGAUUCUUGUCGCCCUCCAAAUCUGCUUCAACAUCCCCAACGGUGGUAUCACUUCAUUAUUCCUUAUUGUCGUUUGUACCGUGGGCGCCAGGAUCUGGGAGGGCACGCGUACUUACUGGAUAAUGUUGUGCUUCGCAAUCGCUCUUCUUGGAGCCGCACUCGUUCGGGAACUACCAGAUGAGAUGAGAUGGGGCCGCUAUGUCGGCACAAUCCUAGUGGGCGGUUAUUCUAGAUGCUUCCCACUUAUCAUGUCGUUGCUCUCCAGCAACGUUAGUAGGUUUACGAAGAAGACCACUGUUAAUGCACUGACAUUCAUCGCUUACUGCGCUGGAAAUAUCAUCGGCCCCCAACUCUUCUUCGCUAAGGAAGCUCCGAAAUACAACUCUGGCUUUGUGGCCAUGAUGGUCUGCUUGUCCUCAGGUUUUCUUCUUGCAUUUAUCUUUCGGCUCUACUUGAUUUGGGUCAACCGCACUCGAGACCGAGAGUGUGCUGACGCAGCCGACUCCACUGAUAUCGAUGCUCCAGGCCUUGAAGUGGCCAUGGCUAUGGAGGAUAUGACUGAUAUGCAGAUCAGGAAGUUUCGAUAUGUCUACUAG